CGUGUGACCAAGUAGGAGGGAGUGGAAAGCCAAAUUAACUCCUCCACCAACUACUUCCCGAAGAAGCUGCUUUGCUAGGCAUUAGGUUGAGUAAAACAUAUACAGUACUGCUCUCUGGCCAUCACAAAGCUCUAUCAUGAGUAGUGUAGUCCAGAACCCCUACAUCGGCCGAACACCAACCACUCGGAUGCCCAAGCCUGGAAGCAGUGGAGGGGUGCCACCUGGGACUCGAGACAGCAGUGGGAUAUGUCGAAGCAGCAGCAUCAGCAGUGGAAAUGGCGUGUCUGGAGGCAAGAUACUGUCUCUGUCAUCCAUGAGUGAGAGUGUGCACAGUGGCCUGAGCUGUUUCUUGUCAGAGCAAGCACUGGAGCAAGAAGAAAAGCAGCAGCGCAGUAGCCAGUUAGCAGAGUUUCAGCGCCUGAAAGAAGUUCGCGCAUCUGCUCAGCUAAAAAAUCUGGAGGAUUUCCUUAGGAUGAACCAUGUUUCACUCAAGGACAGCAUGUCUUAUUCCACUGGCAUGAUUUACAGACAUCUCGGCAAAUCUGGGCUGCGGGUGUCCUGUCUUGGAUUAGGCACAUGGGUUACCUUUGGAGGCCAGAUCACAAAUAAGGUUGCAGAGGAGCUGAUGACUUUGGCAUAUGAGAAUGGGAUCAAUCUGUUCGACACCGCUGAAGUGUAUAAUGCUGGGAAGGCUGAAGUUGUCUUGGGAAGUAUCAUAAAGAAGAAAGGAUGGAGGCGUUCCAGUUUAGUCAUCACCACCAAAAUCUUCUGGGGAGGAAACGCCGAAAUGGAAAGAGGAUUGUCUCGAAAACAUAUAAUCGAAGGUCUAAGGGCAUCACUAGAGAGACUUCAGCUGGAGUACGUAGACGUGGUUUUUGCGAAUCGACCAGAUCCUAACACACCUAUAGAAGAGACGGUGAGGGCAAUGACCCAUGUGAUCAACCAGGGGAUGGCCAUGUAUUGGGGGACAUCACGAUGGACCUCCAUGGAGAUCAUGGAGGCGUACUCCGUUGCUCGACAGUUCAACCAGAUCCCUCCGAUCUGCGAACAGGCAGAGUACCACAUGUUUCAAAGGGAGAAGGUUGAAGUGCAACUCCCUGAACUGUUCCACAAGAUAGGGAUUGGAGCCAUGACAUGGUCUCCACUGGCCUGUGGGAUCAUCUCGGGGAAGUACAACAGUGGGAUCCCCUCCUUUUCACGUGCAUCGCUUAAGGGUUAUCAGUGGAUGAAGGACAAGAUCCUGAGUGAGGAGGGGAGCCGUCAGCAGCUGAAGCUUAAAGAGUUGAAGGCCAUUGCUGAGCACCUAGGCUGCACUCUACCCCAACUGGCUAUUGCAUGGUGCCUGAGGAACGAGGGGGUGAACUCGGUCCUGCUGGGAGCUUCCACAACUGACCAGCUGAUGGAGAAUAUCAGAGCCAUACAGGUCCUUCCGAAGUUAUCACUGUCCAUUGUAUCUGAGGUGGAGAACCUCUUGGGAAACAAGCCCUAUAGUAAAAAGGACCUCAGAUCCUAGAAGCCCCAGGGAACUGUCAUGCUAUCCUGCCCAUGAAUGAGACAGCAACACACAGGCAAUACAAAUAAUUUGUAUGAAGUGGAGCACAGUAAAUAACAAGCAAAGAAAAUGUACACGUAUUGCACCAAUUAAAAAAGUUUUACAAUUUGCAGAGUUUAUUCUAGAAGUUUGAAUGUCAACUUCAAGGAAACAAAAAACUAAUGAGCACUGUUCUACUAGGCCACUGAAGCACUAAAUAAAGUAGCUAAUCGCUGAGUAAGGUGUAGCUUGGUGUAUCAGACCUGGCUUCUUCACUGUCUACACUUUGGUGCCUGUAACUUACAAAAUUAAACACAUAUUACACAGACCAGUUAACCUACUAAUCACCAAACAUUAUGGCGUAAUGUAUUAGCCCUUUCAGUGUAAUAAACAGGGAUAUACUGGG